CUCCUUUUUAUCCUUCUCUCUCUCAGCAAUCUUACUCCCUUUCCAUCACUCGACUUGUAACAUCAUGACUGAAGAUGGUGCAAGCAACAAUGAGCUCUUGUUAGCAGCAUGCAAGGAGGAUAAUCUCGAGAUUCUGGACAAAGUUCUUUCGUCUGACCCCUCCACAUUUGACAUCAAUUUUACAGACGGAUUAGGCAACACUCCACUCCAUUACGCGGCGCGCAAUGCCUCGAUAGAAUGUUUAGAAGUCCUACUCUACUUUGAUGGGAUCAAGGUAAAUAUCCAAGACCGCCUUGAGGGCGACACAUCUCUCCACAAGGCCGCUGCCUACCGGGACCCUACUCUCGCUUUACAUAUGGUCGUUCUUUUAGUCAAACAUGGUGCUUCACUCAAUGUUCUAAAUAAGCUCAAGCAGAAACCUGUCGACAUCGCCCCUAGUGAUACCCAUGGUGAAGUUAAAGAGUAUUUAGAGCGUGCUGCUCUUAGUGCACAAGUUGACCUGAGAGACAUUGCAAACGACGAUGACGAGGAUUCUGAUGGUGUUCCUAGCGAUGAUGAGUAGAGAUAAUCAAAUAAAGAAUUAAAAAAAAG